AUGCAAGCCGUGGAUAUUAACGAUUUAACCUAUGAUGAUCCAUUGGCCAACGGCAUAAUUGAUCUCGGAUCUUCUCAAUAUCAAUUAAUGGAAGAUGACUACGCUGUUCUUGUGGGUGAGAAAGGUGGCAUAAGGAACUUAGAAAAAGAAACGAGAAGACAUAAGGACUUGAUUGAGGGUAAAACAUCUUCAGAGAAUGCACUUGUAGACAUUAUAACACAUCUUGUAGAGAUGUUGAUAUAUCAAAUGCCAGUUGACUUUGACAAAAAUGGAAUGAACUCACAUAUGUCAAAAGUGGGAAGUGGAAAUCGACAAAAACAAAAACCCUUGAUAGUUAUAACAAGCUAG